CGCGUACACUACUACGUACAAUCAGUUCGAUGCAGCAUGCCUACGAUUUAUCUCAUCGUCUAUCGACCAGAGUAGUAUAUGUAAUGAUUCGCGGUAAUUGAGAUUCAAUAAAAUCGUACACUCGAAUUCGAACGAAUUUUAAUGAAACGCGAACCAAUCAAGAAAUUCUUAGUCAGCAUCGACGGCCGUGCCGCGUUGCGUGGAUCUCGUAAUUGCAAAACGGUGUCCUCAAAACGAAAUGCAGGCAGCGGAAAAUCCGUAUAUAAAAGGAAAAUCGGUUCGGUGGAUCGUCAAUCGAAGUUUCGAAGCGGUCGAAACGAUGAAGUCGUACGCGUGUUUUCUGUACUUGUCUCUGGUGGUCGCCACCGUGAUCGAAGCCGGUCCUACGCCCAGGGCAAUCGAGUCCCUGGACAAGAGCGAAGUGGACACCGCGAAGGAGAACCUGCAAAUAGAGGAGAUCGGUGAGGAGAAGGACAGGUCAAAAAAAGCGGUGGUUUGUUAUCAGCUGGAGCCGCAAGAGAAUCAUCUGGCCCCGCUGACGAUUCCUCAGCAAGUGCCGUUUAACGUGAUUCAACCUCAGACGAGUUUCGUCGUGCCCCAACAAACGGGGCAACAGAUGGUGGUUCCUCAGUCGUUUCCUUUUCAACCGAUUCACACCUUGCAAGUCGUCCAGCCUGUUCCCGUCCAGCCGUGCACCUCGUCCAUAAACGUGAUCCAAACCCUUCCCGAGGGAAACGCCGCCGCUCAAAAGGUCGAGACGCCGAGACCGACGCCGAGCCCCGAGAUAGAGACGAUCACCGAGAGACCGGUUCCGAUGAGAAUCGAAAGGCCCCUGCCACCGCCUCGUGAAUCUUACGCGGUACUACCGAUGAUGUCGUAUCAAUAUUCGGAACCGGUGUCGACGAUGUCCGACGCGUGCACCGAUCCCCUUCACGGGCUUCAAUGCACCUGUAGACAGGUCCAGCCAAUGUCCAUGAUGUCGGUGAUGCCGUAUUCCUCGGCCUACGCCAGAUCCUCGAUGCCGAUGCCGAUGCUCCCGAGCAGAGCGAGAGCCCAGGGACCGCAGCCCAGAAAGAAGACCUACAUCAACAUAAACCUCCCGCAGGGUUACAGCUACUACCAACAACCGCAAAAUAUGCAACAACCGCAACACGUGCAUCAGACGGUGAACCAAGAGAUGUACGUGAACGGAGCCGACCUGAGUGCGUACAGUACCGGGGGAAUCUCUAUGAGCGCCCAACCGCGCUCUUACAGGAGCAGCGACCAGUCCGCUGAUCGAGUUCCGAUGAAUUCUCUGAGUACACAGGACGACCUGGCCGGCGAGAACCUUGUCGGAGCGGACGAACUCGUCCCGAGGAACAAAUCGCCCCGCGAGAUCGAUUCCAGCCAACUGUCACCGGAGCGGAUCGAACGGGAGGAGGGUCAAGUUGCCACGAUCGAUGGUAAACGCGAUACGAGAAGCGACGGACGGGAAGCGACGCUGAGGAAGAAACAGUGAUGAGAAAGUAAAUGGCGAGGAGGAACGAUAGUUUUAGAGUAUA